AUGGACAACCUGACAUUCACAAACAGCAUUCUCCUCAUGGAAGGAGUGAAAGUUACACCUCAGGCCUCUUUUCCCAUUUUCAUCUUGCUUCUAUUGAUUUAUGUAUUUGCAAUGGGAUGUAAUAUUGGACUUAUAAUACUGAUCUCAACAGAUAAAAAUCUGCAUCAUCCUAUGCAUUUUCUGUUCUGCAAUUUGCCACUGAACGAUAUACUAGGAACCACUGUCAUGUUGCCACGCUUGCUACAGGACAUUUUAAGGGAAGCCUCAGAGCGCUACAUGACAUAUGUGGAGUGUGUUGCUCAAGCAUAUUUUGUACACAUAUUUGCAGCCGCAAGCCACUAUGUGCUGAUGAUAGGUCUCACUAUACGACUGUCUCGCUGCAGAUCUAAAAUUGAAAACCCUUUCUGUGAUAAUGCCUCACUGUUUAAACUGUCCUGUGAAAGUGUGGUCAUUAAUAAUGUGUUUGGAAUUAUUUAUACUGUUAUUGUUUUUACUUUCUCACUUGGGUCUGUAUUUAUAACAUACACUAAGAUUGCUAGUGUAUGCAUAACCAGCAAAAACAAAGCACUCAACAGCAAAGCCAUAAAAACCUGUAGCACCCACAUAGCUGUUUAUAUAAUCAUGUUUGUUUCCUGUGCAACCAUGGUUUUUCUCCAUCGUUUUCCUGAAUACUCUGAAAGCAGGAAACUAGCUAGUAUAAUGUUUCAUAUAGUACCACCAGGACUAAAUCCUUUAGUAUAUGGUUUACAAACCAAAGAAAUAAGACAAAAGUUUAUAAAACUUUGGUACAGUAAUAAAGUUAAUCUGAAAUAA